AUGAUUUCACGCCAUCACUGCCACCGUAUCCGUGCUACUCAAGGUGUUAUGUUCUACACUCUGCCUGAAGCCUUUGAUAACACCUUUGAUAUUCCCAAAAAUGAAGAUGAAUUUUUCACCCCAGCUGAACGCAGCCUUGUACUCGACUAUUUGCUCCGACGCACGGGUUGUGUCACAGACCCCCACAUCCUGUCUCUUAUCAACGAUAAAGUUGGUGAUAUUUCCAAUUCACAGGCAAAUCUAUUUGCUGGCUCGGCGCAGCCUAGUGAUCCCGUUGCUCUGCCAGUGCCAACUGCGGGCCUACCUCUUAGUGAUCCACUUCACUUGCGUAGUUUAGACCCUCCUGAACAGCCUAGCAACCUCCCCCCUGGAAUGGGAGUGAUUGAGCCCGAGCUGGACACUGAUGCCACACCAGAGGACAUGGAAGUGACUGCCAGAGGUGUUAUCGAUCUGGGCAUUUCGAGGUUGAUCAGCGAAAACGUGUUUCAGGCGGCUUUUCCUUUGCAUGAACAUUGA